AUGGACUCACCAAAAAUCUAUUACACCUAUCAAUCGCCCGUAUUCUUUGGCUACAACCCGGAUGGAAGGAGACGAAAACGAAGUACGGUGCAAACAGACGCCGAAACUCAACAAUGCACGCACAAUGUAUUAAACACAAACCGAGCGGAUGAAAAUGAUCAACCCACUCGUCCCAGGAAUGUUUUACGUCAAAACUCUCGUUCUCGACGAAACCAACAGAACAUAACCGUGGGCAAUCUGAGCGUGUCUUUGUUUGAUAAAGAUAACAGAGGUAGUUCCUCAAAUGAACUCGCAAGACGUGCAGCCGCAUUCGCUCAUUCGUAUCCACCUUCGGAUGCAUUGCCAAACACCCAACAAGUUGACCAAAUCAUCUCACAAAAAGGUUACGAAGCGUGGAAGUUUGUUUUAGAUCGGAUGAUGAUUGACGGAAAUGGAAUGCCCAGCAUAAGCAGCGAAGGACGUGUGGUGGAAUUCGGCGCAAUGAGAAGUGUUGAAGAAGAAAAACGAAGAGAGGCAGUGAGUAGUGGGACGGAGUUUAUGCACUACUUCGAGAUUACAUUGAUUUCAAGGAGCAAAUAUGUAGAAAAUAUGGCUAUCGGUUUGACAACCAGACCAUACCCAUAUUUCAGAUUCCCAGGAUGGAAUAUGCAUUCCGUGGGCUAUCACUCACGCGACGGAAGCGUCUUUCACGAAAACAUUGACGGAAAACGCUAUGGUCCCUCAUGGGGUGAUGAGAUAGGUGAAACGGUAGGCGUGGGAUAUCGACCAAACACUGGUGAGGUAUUUUUCACGAAAAAUGGAGAGUACCUGGGUGUGACAUUGAAGAAUUCAAAACAUGUAUGGUAUCCAACAGUGGCGGCUGAUGGCCCUUGUAAAUUUGAGAUAAACUUUGGAGAUAAGUGUAGGGGAUUUAGAUUUGAGAAGGCAAGAAAUUAUGGACCGGGUGCACCCUUGAAAGAGGAUUGA